UAAUUCAGCUUAAUUAGGGUUUCAAAGUUACUUUAAUUAAGGCUUUGAUUAGUUUUUUCACAAGAUCUAUGUUUAGUUUUUUUAUGUUUUUUAAUUUUUUAUUCUGAUGAGUUAGGGUACUCUUGUAUUAGAGGUUGAGAACUGAGAAUAGCAGAAAGAGCUGUCUGGCAAGGCCAGUUAUUUGAGCUUAUAGCGGAUAACUUAUAGCUUAUAAGCACGUAUGACCAAAAUAGACUUGGGGGCGUUUAGAUUGGCUUAUUUUUGAGCUUAUGCAAAUAAAUAAACAUUUAUGUAUUAUUUUUGUCAAAGUAGCUUAUGAAAAUGCAAUUUUCUUUAGUGAGAACUUAUGAAUGAACAUAAAAGCUUAUUUAUUUGCAAAAGUUAUUUUUCAUAAGCUAAAAAUUAAGCCAAUCCAAACGGCCCCUUGUUGGUAACAAUUUGUUCUCACGAGCUUAUAGCUUUUUUACUACCUUAUAUUCUUUGUUUGGUAAGAAAUAGCGGAUAAGCUAGUUUAUUGAAUUUUUAGUGUUUGGUAAAAUUAACAGUUGAACUAGCUUAUAAAAAUGAAAUUACAUAAAAAAGAUAUGUUCAAUGAAUAUUUAAUUUUUUUCAAGAUAACAUGGGUAAAAUUGAGAGAGAAAAUGGUAAGCUACAGGCUUUAAGCUAAUUAAAUUAGCUUAUCAAAAUAAGAAUAGGCUAGCAAAGAUAAACUAUAAGUUUGUGAGAAAAAAAGUUACCAAACGGGUCUUUUUUUGUCAUACGAGCUUAUAAGCCAUAAGCUCGAAAUCUUGCAUCACUGAACAAAGCCAUAGCGUUUUUUGAUAAGCCUGCAGCUUAUCAUUUUUAUCUCAAUUUUAACUAUCUUAUCUUAAUUAAAAAACUAAACUUUAAUUAAAAAUAUCUUUUUAUGUCAUUUCGUAUUUAUCUAGUUCAAUAGCUAAUUUUACCAAACACUACAAAAUCAAUUCACUAGCUUAUCAACUAUCUGCUAUGAUGCUAUCAUCUAUUUUUUGUUACGAAACAAAGCCUUUGAAAUUUUGGUUGAGUCUGCCAUGGAUGUUUGGUUGGGUUGUGUGAGUAAAAAAUAUGGUCAAAUAUACAUUUUAAUUGUAUAGAUUUUUGUUGAUGCUAUUAUUUUUUGAAGUGUAUAUCUAGUGUCUUGCAGUUGUAUUUGGGUUGGGGUUUGUGAAGAUUGUAGCAUUUGCUGUUUUGCUUUGGAUGAGGACGGGUUAUAAUUAUCGCGAGCUUGGGCAUUUUGAAUGACAAGGGGUAUCCAGAUGAGUGUCAAUGGUGACUGUAAAGAACUUGGUCAGCGUUUGCGGGAUGGGAAGAACAACUUAAAUGAAGGAGUAGCUGGUGAGGAUGCUGAAGUGAAAUGUAAUGGAGUGACUGAUGGAGUUAAGGUUGGAGAGGGAGGGAAUGGCGAAUCCUCUUCUGUUCAGCAGCAAGUACCGCAGCAACAGUCUCAAGGGGCAAUUAUUUGUUGGGAGAGGUUUUUACAUAUUAGAUCCCUUAAGGUCUUGCUUGUGGAGUAUGAUGACUGUACCCGCCAUAUUGUCACUGCAUUGCUUCGCAAUUGUAGUUAUGAAGUUAUUGAAGCAGCAAAUGGAUUGCAAGCUUGGAAGGUUUUGGAGGAUUUAACCAAUCACAUUGAUCUCAUUUUAACUGAGGUGGCAAUGCCUGGCUUAUCAGGCAUUGCACUUCUAUACAAGAUUAUGGGCCACCCAACACGGAAAAAUGUUCCAGUAAUUAUGAUGUCAUCUCAUGACUCUAUGGGUUUAGUCUUUAAGUGUUUGUCAAAGGGGGCUGUCGACUUUCUAGUAAAACCCAUACGCAAGAAUGAGCUUAAAAACCUGUGGCAGCAUGUCUGGAGGAGAUGUCAUAGUUCUAGUGGGAGUGGCAGUGAAAGUGGCACACAAACCCAGAAAUCGGUUAAAUCAAGGAGUCUUGAGAAGUUUGAUAACAAUUCGGGAAGCAACGACGAGCAAGAUAAUGGAAGUUUAGGCCUGAACAAUGGGGAUGGUAGUGACAAUGGUAGUGGCACUCAGAGCUCCUGGACCAAACGAGCUGUAGAAGUUGACAGUCCUAAAUCAGGUUCUCAGUGGGAUCAGAUAGCUGAGUGUCCCGAUAGCACUUGUGCUCAAGUUGUUCACUCCAAUGCUGAAAUAUGCAGGGAAAAGAUGGUUCCUCCAGUCUUAAAGGAGUGUCUAGAGAAAAAGGAACAAAUAGUCAAAAUUGCAGGUUCAAAACAUAUCAACAGAUUUGAUGUGGGCCCCUCUAAAUUCAAUGAGCAAAUUAAUAGAGGACAGAUGGACCCUAAUUGUGAGAAUCAAUCUGGCAAGCUAAGAUGCAAAGUGCUUUCAUUAUCUGAUGCAGUUACCAGCCCUUCGGACUCCCAAAUGCAAAGCGGAGAAAUUGAAGCACUAAAUAGAAGACCCAACUUCUCAGAUAUUGACAACAAAGGUACUAAUAAUGAUGAGGAGUUGCCAUCUCUUGAGCUCAGUUUAAAGAGGCCUAGAGAAGUUGAAGAAGCUGGUGCUGCAAUUCAGGAUGAACGGAAUGUUUUAAGACGUUCUGAUCAGUCUGCUUUCUCAAGGUACAAUGCCACCUUCAAUGCUAAGAAGUCUCCCACUGGAUGUGUCGGAAGCAACUCUCCGCCUAAUAACAGCUUAGAAGUUACAAAGAAAGAUUCAUCCCGUGAUAUUCAAUCUCAUUCUAGUGGCAAUCCUCCUAACCAGAACUCAAAUGAUGCUAGCAACAACAUUGAUAUGGGUUCCACUACUAAUAAUGCUUUUACCAAAUCUGCAGUUAUAAGAGAGCCAGCAGAGGCAUCAACAACCAAAUUUUUGUACCAAACGUCUGCUUUCCAGCCCAUAAAAAACAGCCUCAUGUGUACCUCUCAACAAGUUGUCUCACAUAAUAAUGAAGAUACAACAACAAUCCUGGCACCACCUAAAAUUGAUAAGGGUUCUGCUACUCAGGAUUUCCAUCACCAUUAUGAAAACCACAGCAAUGUUGCUAACAUGCAGCACCAGUUGCCACCUGAGCAUGAUGCCGAAUCUUCAAAGGAAAUGACUGUUGUUGCUCCACACUGUGGGUCAUCAAAUAUGGUCAAAGGGCCAGUUGAAGGUAAUACGGGAAAUUACAGUAUCAAUAGAAGUGCUUCAGGAAGCAACCAUGGAAGCAAUGGACAAAAUGGGAGCAGCACUGCAAUUAAUGCUGGAGGGACAAACAUAGACAACAACAAUGGACUCGCUGGGAAUAGCGGCAGUGGUGAUGCUAGUGGAAAUGGAAGUGGCAACAGAGUAGAUCAAAGCAAGAAUUUUCAAAGGGAAGCAGCCCUAAUUAAAUUUCGCCAAAAAAGAAAGGAGAGAAAAGAGAGGUGCUUUCAUAAGCAGGUUCGAUAUCAGAGCAGGCAGAAAUUAGCUGAACAACGACCACGAUAUCGAGGGCAAUUUGUGCGACAGUCCUCGAAUGGUAAUGCAAGUGAGGCAACAGAUAGUUGAUUCGCAGAGCAUUUGACACAAUGACGUUUGGGAUAACCGGACGGGAAAAGGUCCAGAAGCCUUCAUGUAAUAUUUGGAAACCGUUCUGUUUCUUCGUGUAUUCUGCUAAUGUGUAAUUAAAUAUUUGGUACCCGAAUACAUUUCUGUUGUGACAAUAAUGUUAUUGUUGAUUGUGUGCUUGCAAAACUUACAUUUAACGAUUCCAUAGUUUCUAUUACUUCUCA